AUGAAAAAAGCAUUUGAAGAAUUCCUGGAAAGACACGACAGAACAUAUCUCAUCAUUGACGGGCUCUCACAUUGCCACACUGAUGUCCAGAAAUUCGUUGAAGAAUAUCUCCAUGAGCUCAUCAGAGAAGGAAAGCCACUAUGCCUUCUAACUACAUCUCAUCAUCAUCGAAAAGUCCACAACAUUAUCACCUGCAACCGUUGUACGGCAAAGGAUCUUGAGAUCUAUUUCAAUUGCGGUUGCCAGGGCAAGAAUUUUGAUCUGUGUCAAGGAUACAAAGACAAUGGAGCCUCAUGUCUAGAUGAUAGCCAUAUAGGCGAUGAGAGGUAUGACACAGUCCCCAUAUAUGUGUUUCCUCGAGAGUUCGAGAUUGCAAAUUAUUGUCGCCACAGACUAAGCUUGGCUUGUCGUGUCGACCGUAAAGAGGAUUCGCGCAAAUAUGAUGACCAAUUUCAUGAAUCGGGCGUUAUACGACAUCUACGAAGAAAUCCCGAAUCACUGGACAUUAUCGCAAAGGAAAUUGAAUGUCGGGCGUGGGGAAAUUUCCGCGUUGCGGAAGCAUGGCUUGACGCCUUGAUGGAAGUGAUAACCGAUCUGGAGCACAUUGAUGACUUAUUGGAGGAGAUGGCGUAUGUUCCUCGGAAGAACCUCAACAAUUACUUCAAGAAGCGUGUUGAGAACAUGAAGCAUUACAAGUUGCAAGAUGAAAGCUCGCUGACUUUCAGGGUCAUUUCACUGAUUAUGACCACCCUUCAGCCGAUAAACAUCAUAGCCCUGCAACAUGCACUUGCCCUUGAGAGUGACGCAGCUCGCAUUGAAGAUAGGAAAUUGAUCCCUCGAGAAAAUAUUCUCAGGGCCGCAAACGGCAUGUUGAAAAUCGACAAGGCUCAGGAUAAGAAGUCAUUCGUACGAUUGAUCCACGACUCUAUGAGAGUGAUUGAAGUCCCCGACCUGGAUCCAUCCUUCAAAUAUCCGCAUACUAGGAUGGCAAAUCUUUGCCUGAAAUAUCUUGAACAUGGAGACUACUCAGAACAUUCCAAUGACAAUGCUAAAUUUCCGUUCUCGGCAUACGCUUUAGAGCAUUGGGCAGAUCAUGUUCGGUUGGCCUGUUCCAGAGAAGAUGAUUCCAUUACCAAGAGAAUAGGAAUCUUUUUGGCAAAACCUGGGAGAGUUCGCCAAAUAGCACAAAGGACAAAGGAGUUGAAAUCGAGAGAAGUCGAUUCAAAUGAGCUCUCCAAGUGGCUUUCCAACGUUACAAAUCCCAUUCAUAUUUGCGCUUGGUAUGACUUGUCAGGUAUGAUCAAAAGGUUUGAUGAUGAUGGGCGCAAACUCGAUGUCCCGCUCGACCAUGAAGGAAAGCGAACUCCUCUCCAAUACGCAUGUGUAAAUUCUUGCUUGGAGACUGUGGAGACAUUGUUGGACUUGAAAGUUCUGAAAAGUAACGAGGAGGCUCAUAAGGCGAUCUGGGUUGCGAUCAACGGAUACGGUUUAUCUGACCCCAAACGCUGCUCGGAAGAAGAAGAAAUGUGCCGAGUGAGAAUAGUGGAGAUGAUUUUGAAGGAUCGAGACCUCUCUUUCGAUAGUGCUAUAUUCAACCAAGGUAGAACAGUUCUCAUGCACACGGUAAUGUUUGGUUUUCUCCAAUUUGCAAGUCUGCUGUUGAAUCCUGAGGCAAAGGUAGUACUCGACAUGAACGUCCAAGAUGAGAAAGGACGAACUGCAUUAUGGCAUGCUGCUGAGAACCCCGGACUACCAUUCGAGCCAUACGCCCAACAAUAUAAAAGCCUGAUCUGGCUGAUGCUAGAAUAUGCCGGAACGGAGGUCGUGUAUCUUUCUACAGGGCUCGCUGCUUUGGAAAAUCCAGAAAAACACAAAAACACGACAUUCAUGGAAAUUUUCAAAAAUUUCCAGUUGAGGGCGAGACGGAAAAGAACAUCGAGCUGGUGA